ACAAACUCAUUACAAAAACAGUCUAUGAUGCACAGAGCUUAUGUGGUGGUUUUCAUUUAAGUAGUUUGUUUACUACAAUUUUCUACUAUAAAUUUACAAUUUGACGGUCAUUCUCGGUAAAGCAAGAAAAAAAACACAAGCCAAACAACCACAAAGAGAAAGCGCACCGUCUAGUAUUUGCACAGAGCUUGUGUGCAUUGCGUGGUGGUGUUCCCUCAAGUAAUUUGUUUACUAUAAUUUUGUUCUAUAGAUUUAAAAUUUGACGGACAUUCUGAGAAAAAAAAAAACAGGUCAAGGUGACAUCGGCACUUAUGUGAAGUGUGUGCUCAUAAGAUGGCAAACUAUGACUAUAACAAGGGUUAUCGAGGAUUUCGCUUUACAAAGAACACGAACAUCGAUAAACAAAAAACAGCGCUUAGUAGUUACUGCUCUAUGCGAGAAAAACAGACUCUACUAUGGAUCUCAAACACCGAGAAAGUGAUCGCGAAAACCGGACAAACAGCCCUCAAAACUAGUGCUUCCACUCAAAUGGAUGAUACUUCAGUUAUGUAUUUCCCGAGUAUAAGCUCAAAGACACCUACAAGAUUUUCGUCGACGCCCGGACGAAGCCCGGACGAUCCUCGGCAGGAUUUCGUGCUUUUACCGACGAGCUCAUACGCCUUGCCGACCACACCAGCGACAUUAAAGCAUUCGGAGGCUAAGCGCCGACAAGGGAAGAUUGGAUACCAAGCCAGUAGGGAUGCAAAAACAGGGAUCCGAGACCGGCAGUUACAGGAAUGCCUGGUUAUUCAUAACGGGAAAGAGAUGGGGAGUGAACGAAGCACGGCGCUUUUGAGUAAGGAAAAAGCGGAGGAUAUCCGAGUCUGGGCCAGACGCUACCAAAGCGCCUGCUAGCAGAUGACCAGCAGUCUCACACACCGGUAGCCCAGGAUACAUUGCGAACGCUUUGUACUCGACUGCUUUCGCUCUGAUUCGAUCCACAAUACCUCAGACGACUAGCGAAUCCGGAAGAACUUCGGGAUCGAAAAGAUGAAUCUGAGAGCUGUCGGCGAAGGAUUUUUUUUGCGGUGAAUAAGCUCUUGACUCCACGUCGGUACUUCUCGUUAAAUAUCAUGAAUAUGAAUGGAUUGAUUGCGGCGUACGAAUACGCCGCGAAAAACACGAGAAAAGUUAACUCCUGCAUGCCACAUGGGGCAGCCCAUCCCCAAACAAAGUGGAAGUACAGGCUAUACACAUGGAUGGGCGCCCAGCAGAGCACAAAGCACAACACAGCAACCACGCACAUCUUCGUCACCUUACGAUUGCGACUCCUCUCCGAGCGCCUCCGACGCAAAGGCUUGUGGGUAGCCAGGGCUCCUUCGCGGAGUUUGCGUAUAACGCAUGCGUAGAGGAAGGCGAUAAGGAGCAAAGGCGCGGCGUACAGCAACACGAAUUGGCACAUGUAGAAGGGCCUCUGCGCGCGCAUGCUGUCCGUGUACGGCUGCCAGUCGAGAAUACAGUACGUGUUAUGAUUCCACUCCAGCAGGCGGAAUGUGUAGAAAUAUAUAGCGUGGAAACCGGCCGCCGACAGCCAUAUCACAGGUAUCACUAUUGCGCAGACUCGGGUCGGUCUACUCACGACGGCUUUCAACGGAAACUUGACGGCGUAAUAUCGAUCCGAGGCUAUCGCCACAAGACUGAGUAUGGAAACAGCCGUUGAGACAUCGAGUAAAAAGUUCAGAGUUUUGCAUAGAAUGAGGCCACCAGUGCCAGACCACAUCCACAGAAAGCUCGCGUCUCUUGCGAGGUUGAAGAUGCGGUUAGGAACCGCGAAAAGAGGUAUGAUGAGGUCUGAGAACGCCAUGUUUGCGAUGAAACAGUUCGUGGUCGUCCACAUGCCGGUGUGGCGGUGCUUGUAAACGACGGCAAUAAUGAGCACGUUGCCGAUUAGUGAGACGGCCAGAAUAGACGAAUAAGCGGCGAGCUUGGCGACUUUAGCGGGGUAUGAGUUAUCCACGACGACGGGGGAGCAAGCGAGAGUGACGUUGCUCAUGCUGAUCAAAUCAAGUAUUCUCUUUACUGCCCUAAAGGCUGCGAAUGGAUUUGGGUGACGAGAAGAUAUAUACUUCGUCUGGACUGAUCUCACGUCUAAUUUCUUCUGUUGGUAGCGGUACAAACCAUGGAGAAUUGAUAGUUGAUCCAAGAAAAGGUCAAGAAGUCUUCAAUUCUGAACUAAUCUUACUUUUAAUUUGCUCCCUACAAUGAAAAUCAAACCAGGGAGAAUUAAUAGUUGAUCUGGCAAAUUUAAAGGAGUCUUCAAGCUCUCUGGUCCCCUUUUUCCGCCUACUGAGCAGCCUCUUUCAUCUUAGCUGAACACUUCUUAGAAGUCUUGUCGUCAUCCUCACAUUAUCUUCCCAGCUAGGGGGUCUUGUUUUGCUUGACAUUCAAAGAUGUCUCAGUCAAUUUUCUAGUUUUGUCGCUUUCGCUCCUCUUAAAAACUUUACGUAGUCGAUGAAGUAAAGUAAUGUAGUUCAACCGUCAGAUUCAUAGACUUCUGGGCAAUUCUAGCGUCAACCUCUCAUCGCAUUAGCAAAUAACAUCAAAUAACUCGAUUUCUUUUUUCUUGGAUGGAGUAACUUGUCGUUUAAAACGCCUUGCAAAUGAAAGAGAGGUGUUAACAUUAAAUUAGAAGAAAUGAAACAUUGCUUCCUUCAAAUACAAUAAUAUUUUUAAAAAUAUUUUUAAAAAGCUUGUUUGUUGAACGGAAACAUGAAUUCGUUUAUUCUUAACAGCCCUUAAAAUAAAAUAGGGAGGCUAAGACCGUCUUGUUUCUUUUCCUAUUAUUUUGUAAGAAUUUAGUCAUAUAAAAGCGCCUUUUUAAAGGG